AUGGCGCCGCCUAACGAGUCGAAGCUCACGCCCAAGGUCGCGGCCACGGACGCCGCCGCGCCCAAGCUCACCACCACCGGCACCACGGCGGCAGCCAAGGCCGGCACAUCGUCGUCGUCCGGGUCGCCGUGCCUCUUCUCGCUGCGGGACGGCGAGCUGACCGUCGGCGUCGGUGCCGGCAAGACGGCCGCGCUCCUCACUGGCGUCCCGGGGAACGUCACCCUCACCCCGUUCGCGGAGGCCUUCGACCCCACCAAGGCGUCAUCGGACGCGCCGCGGGAUCUGGCAUGUCAGGCCGCCGCGAACGCGAGCCGGGGCGCGUUCCUGGGCUUCACGUUCCCCGUGGCGGCGAGCCGCGCGCCGUGCCGCGUGGGGCGCCUGCCCGGCCCGCGGCGGUUCCUGAGCGUGUUCCGGUUCAAGACGUGGUGGAGCACGGCGUGGGCGGGGCGGCGCGGCCGGGACCUGCAGAUGGAGACGCAGGAGCUUCCGGUCGGCCAUCUUCCUGGGGAGGACGACGGCGUCGUCAUCUGCGCCGAGAGCGGGUCUGCCGCUGUGAUAGGCACCGACUUCCGCCGCAUCGCCUACGUGCACGCCGGCGACGACCCCUAUAGAGUCAUGCAGGAGGCCUACCUCGCCGCCAGGGUGCACCUCGGCACGUUCAGGCUGAUCCAGGAGAAGGCGUUGCCGCCGAUGGCGGACCGGUUCGGGUGGUGCACGUGGGACGCCUUCUACCUCACCGUCGACCCGGUGGGGGUCUGGCAGGGCGUGUCGGAGUUCGCCGACGCCGGCGUGCCCCCGCGGUUCCUCAUCAUCGACGACGGCUGGCAGAGCGUGAACCGCGACGACGACCCGCCACACGAGGACGCGCCGGGACUCGUGCUCGGCGGCGACCAGAUGACCGCGCGCCUCUACCGCUUCGACGAGUGCGCGCGCUUCCGCGGGUACAGGGAGGGCGCCCUGAUCAACCGUCCGCCGGAGCUGUUCUACGAUAAGAGCAUGUCCAAGGCCGUCGUGCGCAAGGCCGCGGAGAUCGAGAACGCCGGGAAGGCGAAGAAGAAGGCGGCGCAGGGUGGCGCCACCGACCUCUCGAGGUUUGACGCCAAGAUCGCACAGAUGCGGCGAGAGGUCGACCAGCUGCUCGUGCAGAGGGACGCCAUGCUGGCGAAGCUCGGCGACGACGACGGGAGCGCCGGCGAUGGCGAGGUGGGGCUGAAGGCGUUCCUGAAGGACAUGAGGCGCAGGUUCCCGGGGCUGGACGACGUGUACGUGUGGCAGGCGCUGUGCGGCGGGUGGGGCGGGGUGCGCCCGGGUGCGACGCACCUGGACGCGCGCGUCGUGCCGGCGCGGCCGUUGCCGGGGCUGGCCGGCACAAUGGAGGACCUCGCCGUGGACCGCAUCAUCGAGGGCGGGAUCGGGCUGGUGCGCCCCGACCAGGCGGGCGACCUCUACGAGUCCAUGCACUCGUACCUCGCCGGCGCGGGCGUCACCGGCGUCAAAGUCGACGUCGUGCACACGCUGGAGUACGUAUGCGAGGAGCACGGCGGGCGCGUGGAGCUCGCCAAGGCUUACUACGACGGCCUCUCCAAGUCCGUCGCGAAGAACUUCGCCGGCACGGGCAUCAUCGCCAGCAUGCAGCAGUGCAACGACUUCUUCUUCCUGGGCACGCGGACGGUGGCCAUGGGCCGCGCCGGCGACGACUUCUGGUUCGAGGACCCCAACGGCGACCCCAUGGGCGUGUUCUGGCUGCAGGGCGCGCACAUGGUGAACUGCGCCUACAACAGCCUGUGGAUGGGGCAGUUCAUCCGCCCGGACUGGGACAUGUUCCAGUCCGACCACGCCUGCGCCGCCUUCCACGCCGCGUCCCGGGCCAUCUGCGGCGGCCCCGUUUACGUCAGCGACUCCCUCGGCGGCCACGGCUUCGCCGUGCUCAGGAGGCUCGUCUUCCCCGAUGGCACCGUGCCCAGGUGCCUGCACUAUGCUCUGCCCACCAGAGACUGCCUCUUCAAAAAUCCGCUCUUUGAUCAGCAGACGGUCCUUAAGAUUUGGAACCUGAACAAGUUUGGAGGGGUCAUUGGGGCAUUCAACUGCCAGGGAGCAGGGUGGGACCCCGUGGAGCACCGCUUCCGAGGCUACUCGCACUGCUACAAGCCGGUCUCCGGUGAUGUCCGGCCUGCCGACGUUGAGUGGAGCUAUCGGGAAGACACAUCCGCCAUGGCGAAAGCUGCAUCAUACGCAGUCUACCGAUGCCAAACCGAGGAGCUCCUCCUGAUGACACAAGAUUCAGAACCCAUCCAGUUCACCCUCCAGCCAUCGUCCUUUGAGCUCUUCACAUUUGCUCCGGUCACAACCAUCGGCGGUGUUGGUGCCAACAAAGCGUGCUUCGCGCCAAUUGGGCUGGUUGACUUGCUGAACUGUGGCGGCGCCAUUAUUGAUGUUCAGCACGGCAGUGGAGACGAGGUGAGGAUGAAGGUGAAGGGGGGAGGACGGCUACUGGUGUACUCUGACGUGGAACCCAAGAAGGGCCUGGUGGAUGGCUGUGAGGCUGAAUUUGAAUGGGGAAAUGGCGGGAAGCUGAUGGUCGAUGUGACGUGGAAGCAGGAGAAGGAUGGUGUCUCUGAUGUGGUCUUCGGUUUCUAG